ACAGUUCUCGCGAUAGUUCGCGGUGUUUCCGGUGUUGUGAAUUGUCUCUGGAAAGAUGGCGGUUAGCAUCCGAGCUCGUCCUAUCCGAAGUAUACGGAUGCGAGGUCGGAAUGACAGCGGGGAGGAAAAUGUACCACUGGAUCUCAGCAGAGACCCUAAAGACAACCUGCGAGAGAUUCUCCAAAAUGUGGCCAAGCAGCAGGGUGUCUCCAACAUGCGCAAACUGGGUCACCUCAACAACUUCAUUAAGCUCCUUUGCAAUGUCGGCCAUUCAGAAGAGAAGUUUGGCUUUACCUACGACGAGAUCAUCAUCUGCCUCCGACUGGCUCUACUUAACGAAGCGAAGGAGGUGCGAGCUGCAGGUCUACGAGCUCUCCGCUACCUGAUCAGAGACGGCACCAUCCUCCAGAAGGUCCUCCGCUUCCGGGUGGAUUACCUGAUUUCCAGGUGCAUUGACAUUCAGCAGAGUAAUGAGGUGGAGCGAACUCAGGCACUUCGACUGGUGAGAAAGAUGAUCACUGUGAAUGCUCAGCUCUUCCCAAGCUCCAUCACUAACUCCCUCAUUGCCGUGGGCAACGAUGGUAUACAGGAGCGAGACCGCAUGGUGCGAGCCUGCAUCGCCAUCAUUUGUGAACUCGCACUGAAGAACCCGGAGAUCGUGGCUCGGCGCGGCGGACUCAAAACCAUCCUGAAGAACGUGAUCGAUUGCCAACUCAGCCGAAUCAACGAGGCUCUAAUGACCACCAUCCUGCACCUACUCAAUCACCCCCACACACGGCAGUACGUGCGCUCGGACGUGGAGCUGGAGCAAAUCCUGGCACCUUAUACAGACUUCCACUACAGACACAAUCCAGACACGGCAGAGGCACAGCUCAAGGAGGACCGAGAGGCUCGUUUUUUGGCUAGUAAGAUGUCCAUCGUUGCUUCCUUCCGCUCAUGGUCUGGCAUUAUUAACCUUUGCAAGUCAGGCAGCUCCGGCAUCCAGUCCCUCAUCGGCCUUCUCUGUAUACCAAAUAUGGAAGUGAGGAAAGGCCUUCUUGACGUGCUGUACGACAUUUUCCGACUCCCCGUCCCUGUAGUCACACACGACUUCAUUGAAGCGCUUCAUAGUGUUGAUCCGAGUCGAUUUCAGGACAGUUGGAGGCUGUCGGACGGCUUCGUGGCUUCAGAAGCCAAAAUUAUUCUCCCUCAUCGGGCACGGUCGAGGCCUGAUCUGAUGGAUAACUACCUUGCACUUGUACUGUCUGCCUUCAUCAAUAGUGGACUUUUAGAGGGGUUGGUGGAAGUCGUCACUAGCAGUGAUAACGUUUCAGUCUGCGCUACCAUCCUCCUCGGAGAACUCUUGCACAUGGCCAAUACCAUCCUCCCUCACUCCCACAGCCAUCACCUGCACUGCCUGCCCACUCUGAUGAACAUGGCGGCCUCUUUCGACAUCCCUCAGGAGAAGCGGCUACGUGCAAGUGCUGCAGUGAACUACCUGAAGUGCUUCCACGAGAAGAAGAAGCGAGGCCCCAAACCCAACAGCCUUUACCUGGAUCAUAUCGUCCGCAAGUCAGCCGCAUCCCAGUACUGUCGAGACCAGCACCUGCGGCCCCAGAAGGACAUCUACGUCAUUAAGGACACUGAAGAGGCUCUGAUGAUGAAUCUCCGAGACAGCCAUGUUCUCAAUCACAAGCAGAACCUAGAUUGGAACUGGGUUCUUAUCGGUACAAUACUAAAGUGGCCAAAUGUCAACCUGCGCAACAACAAAGAUGAACAAAUGCACAGGUUUGUACGGAGGCUCCUGUUCUUCUACAAACCCAGCAGUAAGCUGUACGCUGGCCUGGAGCUGGACCACAGCAAAGCCAAACAGCUCACUGUUGUUGGCUGCCAGUUCAUCGAGUUCUUGCUGGAGUCAGAUGAGGAUGGCCAUGUGUACUUGGAGGACCUGGUGAAGGACGUUGUGCAGUGGCUGUCGUCAUCCUCUGGGCUCAAACCAGACCGUAGCCUACAGAGCAAUGGUCUCCUCAACACACUUAGCCAGCAUUACUUCCUCUUUCUGGGUGCUCUCUCUGCCCACCCGAGCGGCGUUAAGUUGCUGGAGAAAUGCAGUGUCUUCCAGUGCUUGCUGAACGUGUGCUCCCUGAAGAAUCAGGACCAUCUACUGAAACUGACCGUGUCCACACUGGACUAUAGCCGAGACGGCUUAGCGCGGGUCAUUCUCUCCAAAAUCCUCACUGCUGCAACCGAUAAUUGUAGGCUGUACGCCACCAAGCACCUGCGUGUAUUACUGCGCGCUAACGUGGAGUUCUUCAGCAACUGGGGUAUCGAGCUGCUGGUCACUCAGCUCCACGACCGCAACAAGAACAUCUCCAUAGAGGCCCUGGACAUACUGGAUGAGGCCUGUGAGGACAAGGCGAAUCUUCAUGCACUGAUUCAGUUGAAGCCUGCGUUGACUCACCUCGGGGACAAGGGUGUCCUCUUGCUUUUAAGGUUCUUGUCCAUUCCAAAGGGUUUUUCCUACCUCAACGAGAGAGGCUACGUCACUAAGCAGCUGGAGAAAUGGCAGAAGGAAUAUAACCUCAAGUAUGUGGAUUUAAUAGAGGAGCAGUUAAACGAGGCUCUCACUACAUAUCGUAAACCAGUAGACGGGGACAACUACGUACGACGGAGCAACCAAAGGUUGCAAAGGCCAAACGUCUAUCUUCCUGUGCAUUUGUAUGGUCAGCUUGUGCAUGAUAAGACAGGCUGCCAUCUCUUAGAAGCUCAGAAUAUCGUACCCGACCUAAGCUACACUGUGCGAUCCCCGGUGCUGGACACGUGGGAAGGCAUCAAACAACUUAAAGCUGCUCUCUGGGCCUUGGGUAAUAUCGGCACCUCCAACUGGGGUCUGAACCUGCUACAAGAGGAGAAUGUGAUUGCCGACAUUGUGGCUCUGGCUCACCACUGUGAGGUUCUCUCCAUCCGCGGGAUAUGUCUGUAUGUACUGGGUCUCAUCUCCAAGACAAAGCAGGGCUGUGAGCUGCUGAAGCUGCAGGGCUGGGACGCGGUUCGACACAGUCGUAGACAGCAGUGGCCCGUGGUACCUGACGAGGUGGAGCAGCAGCCCCCGCCUCCACCCACCCUGCUCUCGUCGGUUCCCAGCACCCUCAGCCUCAACUCUGAGUCCACCAGCUCUAGACACAACAGCGAAAGUGACUCCACCCAGCCCAGCAUGUACAUCAUGGAUGAUGAUAAAGAUGGCUCUGAGCUGUCUGAGGAGCAGCCACUGUACAUCAGGUCCAAGCUGCUAAAGGACCGCAGCCCCUUCACAAUCCUGGCAUCCAGCCGCUUUGUGCGCAACCGGUUCCUCAUUUCUAUCUCCGGAAAGAAGCCACGCAGCACUAGCGACCCGAAAGGUAGCAGCAGCGGCAGCAGCAACAGUCAUAAAGUGUUCGUCGAGCCCAAGACGGGAGGCCUGAGGAGGAACCGAACGGUCACGGAACCCUCUGUGUACUCCCCGGGUCAGGGGGAUGUGUUCAGCCCGGAGUUUUCUGACCUGCCCAAGAGCCCGUCGGUCACCCUGGAGCAGCAGGAUGGCAUCGGGGAGACCGAGUCCCGUCUGCCACGGGUUACAGAGCGCAAUAUGGUGGUCGGAGACAUGCAGCGCGAGCAGACCAGUCGUGAGAGGCUGGCAGGCGAUGGUCCUACCUCCGGAGGCGGGACUCAGUUCAAGAGCCGAAGCCAAAGCUUCAACACGGACACGACGACCAGCGGAAUCAGCUCCAUGAGCUCCAGCCCGUCCAGAGAGACGGCGGCGGGCGCCACGGAUUCGUCCACCAUCGACACGGACUGCGUCAGCCUCAGCACAGUCGUCAGCGCACAGACCAUCCGAACCCUACACUCGCUCACCCCCCAGUCCAAUCACCUCCCCCUUUCCAAAUCCAACUCGGUGCUCCUGGUUCCACCCGGCUCAUCUCACACCCUGCCACGCCGGGCGCAGUCUCUCAAAUCGCCCUCUGUCACUACCAUCACCAGCCUGACGGACUGCAGCUUCAUGUACACGAGCCCGAGGGACGCGCUGGGCUACGCCACGCUCAAGCGGCUCCAGCAGCAGCGCAUCCACCCGUCCCUCUCCCACAGUGAGGCGCUGGCUUCCCCCGCCAAGGAUGUGCUCUUCACCGACACCAUCACCAUGAAAGCUGGCAGCCUUGACUCCAGACUCACACCGAGAAGGUUCCUGAAGGCCCUGAGCUUUGCGUCUUUGGAUAAAGAGGACCUGUUAAGCCCCAUCAGUCAGACAACGCUGCAUCGCUCCUCCUCCGUGCGCUCCAUGGUGUCCAGCGCCACCUACGGCAGUUCGGAUGACUACAUCGGCCUCGCUUUACCCGUGGACAUCAACAACAUGUUCCAAAUAAAAGACGCACCAUAUUUCCAGAAGAGGACCAGCCCACCUUCAGAGGACAGAUCUGCUAAGUUCUUCUCUGGAGAUUCUGAUGGUUGCGAUGGCUCACGGCACGGCGUCCUGAAGUCUCAGCUCAGCAUUACGGAGCUGAUGGCGGUGAGCCGAGCAGAUCAGCAGCAGCUGCUGGGCUCAGAGGAGACGGGUCUGCAGGAACACACAGAGGAGAACUGCCUCUACUGCGUCGGCUGCAAAGUGCUGGGCUGCAACACACACACCCCCACACAGAGCCGCUCAGACUUUGCUGAUGCUUCAUACUCAGAGUGGUGCAGUCAGCCUGUGCACAACCACCUCGAGGUCAUGCCCCACUCCAAGUUCUCCGGUGUGUCUGGGUGUAGUGACGCCGUGUCUCAAGGAUCUGCCGGAAGCACCCGUAGCACAGAGCUGGUUCUAGUCACGGAUGAGAAGCAGCCACUGCAUCUUUUGACAGGGGGGAGAGUAACACCGUUCCUCCCACCCAGAGAGCAUGGCGUUAAAACCAUUCCAGAAGACGCUCCGGCCUGCAGAGUUCUGCUAAGGAAAGAGGUGCUGCGGCUGGUCAUCAACCUCAGCUCAUCAGUAGGAACCAAAGGCCAUGAGACAGGAUUGCUCACGAUCAAGGAGAAGUUUCCAUAUGCGUUUGAUGACAUCUGCUUAUACUCGGAAGUGUCACACCUGCUGGCCCACUGCAUGUUCAGACUCACCUCCCGACGCUUCAUCCAGGAACUGUUCCAAGACGUUCAGUUUAUUCCGCUUUACGAGGAAGCCGAGAGCAUCUUGUCGAUGCCGUCGAAAUCGGUCGCGGUAAAUUCUCCACCGGAGUCCUGAUAAUAUCAUAAAGCCUGUGCUUGCUGUUACCCCAACCCCACCCUUCUCCACCCAGACCUCCUCAUUCAUUUUCGCCUGGACUGGCCGAGACUUUAUGAAAGACGGAGGCAAUAAGUGGUAACGUUGGAUGGAAUGUGGAGAGAAGAGACAAAAACGCUAGAAGGAUGAAAGAGCAUCUGAAGAAUUUGUCUGUGGAGAGGGGGGAAAAAAAAAAGAAUCGGUACGGCGCGUUUAAGAAAAGAUCAACGGAAACAUACUGCCUGAACAAAACAAAACAAAACGAAAACAAAAAAAAGCCUGAAAUCAAGACAGAGAUCUGUUUAAACUCUGGCAGUUGGAGUUACAACCAAAAUAUAGCUUUUGACUGACAGUUAUGCGUGUAAAUGCACUGACAGUGUGGUGACAGUAAGAAAACAAAAAUCCACUGAAAGCUGUACAAUAUGCUGAUUUUUUUUUUUUUUUAAUAAUUAUUAUUAUUAUUAUUAUUAUUAUUAUUAUUAUUAUUUCUGUCUCAGCUCCUGACGGUGGUCAUGAACGCGCUCGGAUAUGGACUGAAAUAACAAACGCAUGUUUGCUCUUCUUCCGUCUGGAUCCCUCAAGUUUUGAUUUUAACACUACAAGAUUGUGGUUUGUAUCACUAACUUAAUCCAUGUAUAUAAAGAAAAACGCAGCGAGCCUGUAAUUGAAUUGUUCAUCGAAACAGACCCUCAGUUUUUGAUCCACGGCCACACGUGAGACAAUCAUCAGUUAAAGAUCCAACCAUCUGUAUGGCAGUACCCACCUUACCUUAACCCACAUUUCUGCUACAUAUUAUGGUUGUACCAUUAUACAGCACUGAAUUCUGACUGGUAUUUAAGCUUAAACAUGCUCAUGUCACCCACAGUCUGGAUGGUUCUGGGAAAAUUACAUGUAAAGUUAAUAACAUUAAUUCUCAAUUCACUGGAAAACAUUGGGAAACCAAUGUGGCCUCGAUUUCCCAAAUAUAUUUUCCAGGUAAUGCUGCUUAUUUUCAUCCAUUUCAUCCAUUCGCUAGGCAUCAGUUGUGCUUUCUUUGGCUAGUUUACAGCUGCAACUCUCACGCAGGUCACUCUGUAGGUGUACGGUUACUGACUGAAGCCUGUCCACUCCACAUUUGUAUUUUACAGGGUUUUUACAGGGUUCAGUGUCACUGCUGGAUUGAGAAAUAGUCCAACAACCAAAAAUCUUCAUCUCCAGUGCUGUGGUCAGUAACUGACCCUGAUUGAAAGGCAUACCACCCUAUAGUUGUUUAUUUUCCUAUAACAAGAAUAAAACAGAUCCCUCUUAUACCACAGCAUUUUUUUUUUUUUUUUUUUUAUGAAUUGAAGAAUGACAUUCUGUGUUUUAUCCUUGCCAUGUUGUAGUGUAAACUGUCCUGUUCUGACCUCUGUCCCGAAGACUUUCUCAUGCUGGAAAACUUUACCUCUGUCUGUUACAAAGCGCUGACACUGGAGACUCCUUCCAUAAAUGUUAAAGAAACAUCUCCUUAUAGAAAAGUCACCAUUUCGAUGAGUCUACGCAUUUUUAUGGAUUUGUGAUCAUGUAUUUUAUAUAGAAAGUGCAUUAAUAUAAACCUGUGAUUUUUAUUAUUAUUUUUUUUCCAGCUGCUGUUAUAGAAAAUUUAUCAACACCUUCUGACCAAUCAGAUGCAAGAAUGUAACAGGGCUGUGGUAUAAAGGGUCAUUGACACACGUUGUGUGUAUAGUAAACAACAAAAAAAAAAAUUACGAGCUUUAGUCUCUCACUGAAAACCUACAAGGUGACCAACAAUAUAGGAGUGUGUAAUAAAGUUGCACAAUGCAAUGUAUUUAAAGGUAAUUAGGAGAUUUAGGAGUUUACUGCUGUACUGAGUCUCCUCACAAAAACGCUGUGGUAGUUGAGACUUCGUCUGCUUCCUGCAGUUUCUACUGCAACUUUACAAUUCGUUUGCAUUCUUAAAAGUGUCAGUAAUAACAUCAGAAAGGAGUGCAAAGUUAAGGUAAAUUCGUAGCAAAUUCAGUGCAGUUUACCGAUGCCACGUGUUUUCAUCCAAAGUGACUUGGGUGACGAGUAUGAAUCAGAGUGAAGUCCAGACUGCUGGUUUGUUUGCUGGUUAUCUGAGGGGAGUGUUUGGCCGAAUACUUCCCCAUAAAUACAGGUAAACAAACAAACAAAAAAGAUGAAUGAAACUUAACCAAGAACAAAUAGAAAUCACAAGCCAGUGCGAAGUAAAUGAUUAGGGACUUUGAGAAGCGGACCGAGAUCACCUUGCUCAGACGCUCUCAGCCCCGAGUGUGAUUCUCACCUGCGCUCACGGAAGAACACACCAGGGGUCCGAUCAAAUUGACUGAAUGCUGUAAAUGUGAACACAUCUUUUUUUUUCUUUUCUUUUUUUUUUUCUUUCUUUUUUUUUUUUUUAAAUUGAGCAGUCAUGGACAGAAGGUUUUUCUAAGGACUUAACUGUUGUUACCGGUUGAUUUAGGACGUUCCAUCUCAGUUGCGUGAGGAGACUCAGUCACAGUAAACUUUCAUGCAGGUCAGACUUUCAGGAUGCACAGCAGUACGCGAUCAACGAUUUUAACCUGUAAAGCUAAUGAUCAGGUAUUGGGACUUAAAAUUUUCUGUUUAAAAGAGUCACAAUAUCUGUCUGAGAGCUGAUGCACCAUCUUCUGGAAGGAAGCUUUCACUGGGCUGUUUUAAGAUUUUAUAUUUGACAAACUCUGAGGAGACGUUUAAGGGGUUUUUCCUUAGAGUUCAACAGCAUCACUGGUCUUUUUUUUUUUUUUAUUUUUUUUUUCUUUCUUUCUUUCUUUUUUUUUUUUUUUGGAUUUAAAGCUCCCAAAUCUAUCUUCUGGUCACUAACAUGUUGAGUUAGUGGAAUUUCUGUCCACUAUCAUCAGAUGUAGUUGAUUAAUAAGUGCAGGUUUGGUGUCCACGUUUUGUUUCGUUAUUGAGGCUAAUGUAGCUAAAUGCAUCAGAUCGCAUCAUGCAGACUCACUUGUCCGCCUUGUCCACAAUUGCGAUGGAAAGAUGAACAACAAGAAACACAAUUGAAUUUGUAUAUUCUAAUUGAAUAAUGUGCUGCAGAGAGUUGUAUUCAUCCCUUUUUUUUCUUCUUCAUUCGCUCUCCCACUAAACCCUCCACAGAAAACCCACAAUUCAAGACCAUCUUCCAUCUGUACUCUCUGCCAAAUGUAUACAAUGGUCUGAUACAUUUCUAUUGAUUAAGUUUAGUUGAAAAUCAAUUAAGACUUUUCUGACAAGCACCUACACUCUUUCUGUUAUAGCACCUGUAAAGUCGUUCUACCAGUUUGUCAUACUGCCCGAGCUUUUAAAGGGUCUGUGUGUCCAUCAACGUGGAGUUUUUCUAUAUGAAACGGUUCCAAUGAAGCUAGAACUCUUAACGAACCAAAAAAACCCCUCAAGUUUUAUCCGAGUGUUUUUUUUGGAGUAAUAAGCUAUAAUGUGUGAUGAUGAUGACGAUGAUGCGGCUCUUGCUAGGGUGACUCCGAUGCUCCUCAACCAUUUGAACACCUUUAAUCCUUACUUUCAAUGCUCUGAGCUUUUGCUUUAAAGGGACUGUUUGGCAAACAUAGUGGGUGAGCAAUGAGACAUGUUUGAGCCCCAGAGUUUACUUUAAUUCUGGACAUGGACAGAAUAUGCAAUACACAAAUUCAAAAACAGAACUAUGUACACUUUUUUUUUUUCAAACUUUGAGACAGAGGGCUUAGGGAAAGUAUCGAUACCAAAAUGUGCAAAGUUGUCCAAGAUGGCCGCCUCCGAACAGUUCUGUGUUCAGCUACACUGUGAAGUUUUGUAGAUCGCCGUAAGACUGCUUUCACACUUGGCAUUUGCUUCCUCAACUUCUAGUGUACGUUUUACGUGUAAUCCUAUCAGAAUGUGGCUGCCUUUUUCUUUUUUUCUUUCUUUUUCUUUUUGGGUCACAGCGGAGCUUCCAGACAAUGCCAUGUGACGUCCAAUCAGAUCAGGAGUUUGGGGGUAAACAAGAAAAACAAACAUGGAGAACAAAGUGCUGGGGGGGAGGUCUUGUUAGUGAGUGAAUUGUUUCCAGUGUAACUAAAAAUAGCAGCAUAUGUAUGUUUGGGACAUUCACCGGUACAUGAUAUGAUGUCCAAUGUAACAGUGUUGCAUGCGGUUACGCAAGCGGCUCAAAUUCUCUUGAUUUUCUGCCUCCAAAGCUACAGGCAAACAACCUACUCAUCGUCAGAGUUACACCAGUCUUUAUUUCAUCUGCAUUACUGAUCAUAAUAAAUCUGAUCUCGAGAGCA